AUGCCAUCUAAAGAAGCACCGCAGCUCGUCCUAGGCCUUGCAAAUGUAGGAGACAAAUCAAAAGAUCCCAUGGCCCGGUACGGCACCCCGGAAGCCGUCAAAGAACUCUUCGACGCCUUCUUCGCUCGCGGCUACACCAGUCUCGACACUGCACGAAACUACCCUCCACACGCCCCUUUUACCGGAGAACCACUCGUCGGCCUGGCCCUGAAAUCAUACGAGAACAAAAAUCCACCAUCCUUCGCAAUUAGUACAAAGAUAAUGCCCCGCGGUGACCGGCCGCAUACGCGCGAAAAGAUCGCGUCCAACAUUACCGCGAGUCUAACAGCCCUACAACUACCUCAAGUCGAUAUUGAAUAUUUACAUGACCCAGACCGCUCGACGCCGUUUGAGGAGACAUGCGAAGCAAUGAAUAAAGCGUACGUCGAAGGUAAAUUCCGACGAUUUGGAUUGUCGAAUCAUUCGCCUGAAGAGAUUGACAAGGUGGUUAAGAUUUGUGAGGAGAAUGGGUAUGUGAAGCCGAGUGUUUAUCAGGGGCAUUAUAAUGCUGUUGCGAGGGCAGCGGAGAAAGAUAUUGUGCCGGUUUUGAGAAAGCAUGGAAUUGCGUUUUAUGCAUUCAGUCCUGCGGCAGCGGGCAUAUUCUCUGGAAACCACAGAACCAAAACCGAACCUGGGAAUCGGUACGAUACUACGCUCCCCAUCGGCCAACUGUACACAAGAUGGUAUCUCCGACCCUCCGUCAUAUCCGCCGUCGACGCCGCGGUCGAAAUCGCCUCCAAACACGGAAUCUCUGGCCACGCCGGCGCGCUUCGAUGGGUUGCUUACCACAGUAUUCUGGAUGCUAAGUAUGGUGAUGCGAUUGUGCUAGGCGCCUCGAAGGUUGAACAACUUCAGCAGAAUAUGGAUAUUGUUGAAGCCGGGCCGUUGCCGGAGGAGGUGGCGGAUGCGUAUUCGGGGGUUUUUGGUCUGGUGUGA